AUGGAGGAUGAUGUUUGGAAGAUGUUGUGGAAGAUUAAAGCUCCUCCUAAGGUUUUACAUUUUGUUUGGAAAGCUCUUUCAGGUUGUUUGCCUACGCGUACUCAACUUUCUAGUAAACAUGUUCCGGUGGAGUUACAUUGUGUGUUGUGCAGUUAUGGGAACGAGUCAAUUUUCCAUGUUUUGGUUCAAUGCCCCUUUGCUCAUUCAUGUUGGCUCCGAUCUGCGUUAGGUGUUGGCCACCACUCCACAACAAACAAUUUUUUUGACUGGUUUAUGGAAGUGUUGGUAGUGGGCAAUAUGGGGUUGGUGGAAGAAGCCGUCAUGGUUGGUUGGGCAAUUUGGAAGGCUCAGAAUGAUACGCUUUGGAAUGGUAGAAGCUGUAGUGCUGCUGAUGUUAUUUGGUUGGCUCGUACCACUCUUCGACAAUGGACGAGUGCUCAGUCUAAGCGGCUGGGCUCAGUGUCUCUGGCUGCCAAUCACGCUGAUACAAAAGAUUACUGGUCCAAACCGGCUGCUGGUCAGUUAAAAAUUAAUGUGGAUGGGGCGGUUUUUGAAGACACAAAUGAGAUAGGCACGGGUUUUGUAGCACGCCACUGUGAUGGUCAUGUAAUGGAGGCGUUUUCAACUAUUUCUUCUGUAUCUAUGCCUUCUAUUUUUGGUUUAUUUGUUAAAGAUUGUCAAAUUAUUUUAUCUUCUUUAAGUAAUGUUUUUAUUGGUCAUGUUAAACGGUCUGCUAACAAAGCCACGCACUGUAUGACAUGUGGUGCUUGUUAUUGGUCAGGUCUUCUCUGUUUUGAGAGUGAUAUUUCCCUUGCCUUUCAGUCUUCUGUAUUAGCGCACGUUUCUGUCUAA